CUCUCUCUCUCUCUCUCUCUCUCUCUCUCUCUCCCCCUCUCCCUCCCCCUCCCCCUCUCCCUCUCCCUCUCCCUCCCUCUCUCUCUCUCUCUCUCUCUCUCUCACUAUAUGCAUACAACUAUACAUUAACAUUCCCCAGAAUGAGUAUUAGUGACGAUUAUCAGGUUGCUCAUUUCCCAUUUUCCUCUCUAGUUUCGGUAGCUAACCGGGUUUCCGUAUGUUAGUUUGAGAUAAGCGGCUACCAGUAGUAUACUCCCUCUAGUUCUGUUGGAAACCCCCAAUUCCAAGUUUAUGUGAUGUAUUUUCUUGUAAUAUAAAUUCCCGGUCCUCAAUUAAUUGGUAGACUGUGGGGAUAGUUUUGAACAAUAACUAGUCUCAACAGAUUAUCCGCCGCCUCCAUGGACAGGCGCCAAAGGAUAAUCCUUAGCAUUUUGUUUGGAGUGAUAACAGGAUUAGUUUUCUCCAUCCUCUUUGCUUGCUUGCUCCGUUGUUUCAUUAGAUACAUCAACAGGACCCCAAUUCUAAAAGGCCCUGUUGUGUUUUCCCCUAAAAUCUCUCCCAAGACUCUACAAUCUGCUUUGGCUAAUGAAAACCAUUUGCUUGGCUCGAGUCCUAAUGCCACCUACUUCAGAACGGUUCUCGACAAUGGCCUCACCAUUGCAGUCAAGAGGCUUCACCCCUUUCCCGGUCUUCAGGAUGCUCACACCAAGAGAAAGAUACAGCAGGAGCUUCAGCUACUUGCUAGCCUCAGGCAUCGCAACUUGAUGAGCUUGCGGGCUUAUGUUCGUGACUCUGAUAAUACAUUUUCUCUUGUUUAUGAUUAUGUGCCCACCGGUAGUCUUGGGGAUGCCAUGAAUAAGGUGAGGGAAAAUCAGUUGCACCUCUGCUGGGAUGCCCGCCUUCGAAUUGCUGUUGGGAUUGUCAAGGGGCUUCAGUAUCUUCAUUUCACCUGUGUUCCGAAGAUUACGCACUGCAACUUGAAGCCUUCAAAUGUCAUGUUGGAUGCCGAGUUUGAACCCAGGAUGGCUGAUUGUGGACUGGCCAAGCUCAUGCCUAGUGUACAUGGAGUUGCAUCACCAUAUAAAGCUCCUGAAUGUUUAGACAAUUUCAGUAGGUACAGUGAUAAGAGCGAUAUCUUUAGCUUUGGGGUCAUAUUAGGCAUUCUUUUAACAGGCAGAGACCCUUUGGAUCCAUUCUUUGAGGAAACAUCAAGUGGAGGAAGUUUGGGAAGGUGGCUUCAUCAAGUUCAAGAAGCCGGGGAAGCUCAGGAAGCACUUGAUAAAAGUAUUAUAGGGGAAGAGGUGGAGGAAGAUGAGAUGCUCAUGGCAUUAAGAAUUGCAGUUGUCUGCCAAUCUGAUUUACCUGCAGAUCGUCCUUCUAGUGAUGAGCUUGUUCCGAUGCUCACCCAGCUGCACAGUUUCUGAGAAAGUCGUGCUAUCCUUUCAUCUGACCAGAAAAUGUAAAAAAACAAUUAUAGUCGAUCAUCCUUAAUGUUUGACAAAGGCGGCGGCCAAAGGUUUUGGUUGUUCUCGCGGCUCCUAUAUGCAGUUGUCUAAGAACCUGCUUGGGUUUGCCGUGGAAGCAACCGAAAAUGGUUUGGCAAAUUUCGAAAGGGAGCGAGCAGCGUGCCUCGGUGGUGGGAAUGUUUGAUGGUUUUAAUUGAUUUAAGUUACUGGCUCGGUGAAAGCUGCGAGUUUGUGGUUGUCGCUUUCAGUCAGUAAAGGUCAAUAUGUAUUUCUAAUUUCUAAUCUAAUCUGUAUGAUGAUGAAAACCCCAUGUGUAGAUGGGAUUAGAUAUUUGGUUAUGUUUGUUAUAUACCUAGUUCCCCACUGAUUGCAUAUUCUUAACAAACUUGGUUGUCCAUGUUAAGCAGGAAACAACUCUACAGAAAGGAAAGCUUUGUUUGUUGUCAUGAUGGUGGGGGUGGUCUAUUAGUAUUAUUGUCCUUUAAGGGCAGACCCUUUUUUAUGUAUAUACUCAUAUAUUAGUAGGGCUGUGUGUGUGGAAGAAAAGAAAGCAGAUGCAGUGAGAUCUGUACUCUGCUGCAUCUGCAUAACCAAAGCAGUGGUUUUACAUUUUCUUUUCCCUUUCUUUGUUUUUGUGCUUUUCCAGCAGGUAAAGUUGUUUAAUAGACAGUACAAGGGAGUGAUUUUUCAUUA